CGAGCUCCCUGAGGCGCGGGGCGGGCUGCGCGGGGCGCAGGGGGUCGCGUCUCGCCGUGAGCCCCGCGCGGGCCCGGCGGCAGCAGGUGGAAAAUCCAAAACAUGAACAACAAUGCACUAUACCUGUCCUCAAAGCUGACCUGGCUAGAAGUGGAGCAUAGUUUCCUAACGUAUCCUCUGGCAAGAGAGUUGUAAGUCCUUUGUAAUGGCCAACAAGAAAGAGCCUCCUUUUUUCAAUGAAGAUAACUUGGGACCAUUUCACUACAAACUUCCUUUUUAUGAAACUAUGGAGCUCUUCAUUGAAACGCUUACAGGCACGUGCUUUGAACUGCGAGUAUCCCCCUUCGAAACAGUGAUUUCUGUGAAAGCUAAAAUUCAAAGACUGGAAGGUAUUCCUGUUUCUCAGCAGCACUUAAUUUGGAAUAAUAUGGAACUGAAGGAUGACUACUGUUUGAAUGAUUAUAACAUUUCAGAAGGCUGCACUCUGAAGCUAGUUCUGGCUAUGCGAGGUGGACCUAUUAACACUAGAAGAGUUCCUGUGGAAGACUCUAUUAGGGAAAUGGCUGAAUAUAUGGAUCCCAGCAGAGAUGAGAUCUGGGAGAAGGGGCCAACUAACAAACAAGUUACCUUUUUAGUAUAUCGAGAAGGAGAUCAGUUGAAUUUCUUCCGUGUGGUAGACCGGGGAGAUGGCACUUUAACACCAUUGUCUGAGUCUUUGAGUGGUGGUUCAGUUUAUAAUUUAUAUGCUGAUGAUGAAGACGAAACAGAGGCAUCACCUUCUGGCCAACAGAUUAUUGAGAAUUCAAUUACUAUGAAUAAAAUGAAGCUGCUCAAAGCAAAGAUGGAGAAUAUGAAUCUGAGUAAAAAGCCUAAGAAAACUGUCAAGGUGAAACCUCGUCCUCCAGUGGCUCCUCGACCAUCUAGUAGCUCGGUAGCUGCUGCUGCUCGUCACAGGUUUUUAAGAGUGCUCCCCCAUAUUGGACAGUCCUGCCUACCUCCUCCUGGGAAUUCAUAUACUUCGGAGUCUUCCCAAAAUGCACUUUCAGCUUUGGCUACUUUGGCCACUGCUGGUAGAACAAUACCAUCCACAACUAAUGACUUUCUUAAGGAAGAUGAUACCUGGCAGAGCACCUCUUGGUCUCAGUCAGUUAGUAGCAUUAGGUUACCACCAAAAAUAUCUCGUGUCGAACUAGAAAAUACAAAAGUACCAACAAAUAGUAUUCUGACUCCUGCUUCAUCUCUGCCUACAAAUUCAGAAAAAUCGUCUGAAAAUAUGACCUCUACAAAUGAGAAGGAUUCUAUUCUGUACACAAAUCUAACAAAUUUAGAACCAUAUGGAACAGAAGAAAAGCUUCUACCUGAAGCUGAUGCUUUUGCUUUGUUACCAGAAGCCAGCACCACUGAACAGUAUAGUGAGAUAUAUGACAUAGGGAAGGUGAACCCAGAACUUGGACUAUCUGACAGGGAUGAAGAGUCUAAAGCUGUAGAGCAACAUAGAAAACCUAUUAGUAAAGUGCUGAGCACUGCAGCAAUGGAGGCUGGGUUUCUCAGUACUCAUGAAUUAAGUCCUCAGAAGAAUACCCUUUUAUCACCUCUUCGGUAUUCAGCACAGCUGGCACAUCACAGUUCUCUGAAACCACAAACACAACCCAAAUGCUUUGAGGUUGGUAACAUGAGAUCUGCUUCUCCAAAUGUGCUCCGAUCUUUGGAGGUCCAUAGUAUAGCAGAUUCCUCUUUUUCUAGGACUACUAGAUUUCGUGGCAUGAAAGUAGAUUCACUUGGGAAAAGACCUGAUAUAAUUUCUAAAGUGGAGGCUAGGGACAUUACAGAUGUGGCUAACAAAGCAUCCACAGAACCUGCAAGUUCUAUAAAUAACUUAGGAUUUCUAGCUUCACUGGCCCAAAGUGCAAGCAGGGAAAACUUACAGGAUUCAUGUGGGACAGGCAGGUUUCGGACUCCUGGUAUUGCACUGCCUGCAAACCUUCAGCGUUUUCAGGAAGAAAGCUUUAGGAAAACAAAUGAAGCUGCUGAAUACAUUCUAUCUGCACAUGGACUUGGAAUGAAUGGAAGUCUUGCAGCUAUAGGGAAAAGAGUAGGUGAAGCAACCCAUCUGCCACCUGUGAAUGGCUUAAUUCAAGCAAAAAAGAAAAUUACAAAGCAUUGCUUUCUUUGUGGCAAGAAAACUGGAUUGGCAACCAGCUAUGAGUGCAGAUGCGGAAACAACUUCUGUGCAACUCACCGCUAUGCAGAGACUCACGCCUGCACCUACGACUAUAAGAGUGCAGGGCGAAGCCUGUUGAGAUCUUCAAGGGGUAGUGCGUUCUGUCCCUCUGUUCCGUUCAGAUUGGUGUUCAUAUGCUGUGUAUCCAUUCUGAAAAUGACAUAUCAUGUUAAUCACACUUUCUUAAAAUAAUACUGUUUAUAGGGCAAGUUUUUUAAUAGAAAAUUUCCCCUUUGUUGCCAUUAAAUAUAAGGAAGAAUUUAUUUUAACUUUUUUUGUAAUCCUAGAUUUUUUUAAGACUUCACAACUUGGUUUGUUAAGAUGUUGAAUGCUGUUACUGGAAGAAAUUCUAAUAAAUAUUAAAUUUUAUUCUGGUUUAUGCUCUUACAAUAAAUGCACAAAAUAACUUCCUAUUUUACAGCAUGCUCCUAAUUAAGAUUUGAAUUUUGUUACUGGAGGGGAGGGGAAAGGGAUUUUUGGUUUUCAAAAGCAUUUGACUCAUCCCUGCUCCCACUGAAGUCAGUGGUAAAACUUCCACCCACUUCACUAGGAUCAGAGUGACCAGUUCUAUGGGUUUUAAAUAAACCUUUUGAAGUCUUACAGAUGUGCCAGCAAAGGCAAAAUGAGUGUUCAGCAAAUUGCAUGUAUUAACCUGUAGCCUUUAGCAUCUCCAGCUGAUACUGUACGAAAGCAGUUGAGAACUUGCCAGAGACAAUUUGAAGGAACAUGUAGCUAUUGGAGAAAGUGGUUGUUGGAGGAAUAAUGAUUGAAAAAAUAAAUAAAAUCUCUAGAGUAAAUAAAAUCUCUGGAGUAUAUAAAAUCUCUGGAGGUGAUAUGCUGCCUGAGAUGUUCUAUUCUGAAUACACUUUAAAACAAAACUCCAUGUUGCCUCUAAACACUUAAAUGUUAUGUUACUUCUAAAUUGAAAACCUUGCUGCAGCUUAUCCCUUUUUUUGCCAGAUUUCUCAACUACAGAGUUGGUUAUGCUGUAUGCUGCAUUCCAACUAGAAAGUAGCAGGUGACCUACAUGGCAGUUAAAAGUUGGAUCAAUAAAAGGAAGAGGAUCAAUGAAAGAUAGUAACUUUAAGUAAUAACUUAAAGAAUUCUCAUCCUUAGAGAAAAAAUUAUUUUUAUGUAGGCCACUUGCAACUUCUUAAACCCCUUGGGAUUAUCAGUGCUAAUCCUAAUGCCUGUAGUUUUUACUGCAUUUCUAAUACAGAUGACAUACCUGGUGCUAAAGGAAAAGAAUAAGAAAACAGGGCAGACAUGGCAAGCUAUUAGUAGUUUGUGGCUCAGCAGCUUUCUAAGCCAGAGAUAUUGGAUAGGCUCUUGUCAGAAGUGGAAUUAAAAUAAUAUAGGCUCUCAUAACUUAAAUUUAUCUCAUUUUGUUAAGUAUAAUUUCUGGAAAU